CGUGGCUGGCGCGACCCCGCCAUGGCCGGACGGCGACCGUCUGUGACUUGGGUUUCGGACAGACUUUUUAGGAGGAAAGGCUGACGACACCUUUUGGGGCCUCCGGACCAUGUGAUGGGACCCCCCACAUCCCUACCUUCACCUCCUCGAACGCCUCCCACGGGCGCGGCGAAAGGCCGUCCUCGGCUGCACGGAGAUAUUCCCGGUGACCGGCCUUGGAAUCGAGAGCCCGAGACGGUGUCCGGGAGCCGCAGGACCCCCGCGGGCUGGCAGUGGGCGUGGGCUCUGGGCGUCACAGCAAGGGUCACAGGAUGUCACCCGGGAAGAGAUGGGCUAAAGGAGGGGUCCCAGUAGCCACGGAGGACCAACAUCCCGAAGACACCACGGGGCCGCAGGAUGCGUCCAAGGAGAAGAGUCCCUGCAGCCCUGGAGGCAACCUCUGCCGCCUAGGGGCCCCACAGUGCACCCACUGCCUCAUCACCUUCGCCGAUUCCAAGUUCCAGGAGCGUCACAUGAAGCGGGAGCACCCGGCGGACUUCGUGGCCAAGAAGCUGCAGGGGGCCCUCUUCAUCUGCUUCAUCUGCGCCCGCUCCUUCCCCUCCUCCAAGGCCCUGAUCGCCCACCAGCGUAGCCAUGCUCCAGCUGCCAGGCCCUGCCUGCCCGGUGUGCCCACUGCUGCCCAGCCCACCUUCCCCUGUCCUGACUGUGGCAAGGUCUUUGGGCAGGCUGCUUCCCUGAGGCAACACCGCCAGGUACAUGAGGCCCACACCCCUCCUGGUCCCUUUGCCUGUACUGAGUGCCGUCAAAACUUUGCCCAGGAAGCUGGGCUGCAUGAACAUUACAUCCAGCAUGCUCGGGGGGAGCUCUGAGUGCACCCCCAAGCCCUCUCCACACACACACACACACACACAC